GAGUAAAGCUAGGUUUGCCAAUUUGAAGACCCAAACACGGGCUUGAAGAAAAUCCCUCUUCUUCUCUCUUUCUCUUCUUCUUCUCUAUUUUUGUUCUGACUGUACCUUCAAUGGCGGUUUCUUCUAGAAAAUCCAGCGGGCCGGUCCUGAGGUCUCUUUCGCCUUCUGGGAGAUUCUACGGCUCCUGUUCUUCUUAUUCCUCUUCUUCUUCAUCGGCUUUUGCCUCUUCCACAUCAAGCUUUUCCACCAGAAACGCUACUUCCUUUUUCCCUAGAUCUGUGUCUCCUUCUCGUGUUAAUCUGCAAGGAUCCUCUUCUCCGUCCGCCUCAUCGGUCAGAUUUUCACUGGACCGGUCCAUUUCUCCGAAUCGCCCUAUCUCUGUUUUGUCUCGUGCCAGUGGGAAUCAUCAAGUGGUGAAGAAGCAGAGCCAACAGAAGAGGACCUGCAUGUGUUCUCCAACCACACAUCCUGGUUCGUUCCGGUGUAGUCUUCACAAAGGCGUUCAGUCGCAGCCUUCUACUCCUUACUCUUCUAAUCGGCUCAACGCACGGCGAUCGGCGAUGACGAACUCUCUGGUUAGAAUUGGAGGAGUUGAAGGCGAUAUAUUGAGGCGAGCCUUGGCGUCUCUCAUCCGACCUUCCUCUCAUAGUCAAAGACGCCGAGUGGAUUUCUGUCCAAGACCGAGUCGUCUUUCAAUUAUGUCGAAAGCUGAUGAUCUGUGAUGUAGAUUUUGGUCUUCUAAUUUCAAAAGGCAUGAUUCAAAUUUAUUUGCGUCUUCAUUGUUGUUACGUUUGUUCGUUCCACUCGAUUCGUAUUGUUACCAGAACAUACGUGUUUGACGUUAUUUGGUUCAGCGUUCAUCAUCUCCUUCCUUCUGCUGAUCGUCAGGUUCAAAUUAAAGCCGUUAUACGUUUAGUCAAAGGUAAAGUAUAUUUCCAUCUUUCUUCUUCGUAUUUCCCCUGUUUCUUUAAGUUCUUUGAACAGUUAUUCGUAAUUUCUGUUUGUUCUGUAUACAGACUAUGCAAUUGCAGGUUGAAUUUUGUGAUCUGAACGUAGGAUUAACGUUGGAUGAAGUUAUGAACAAGGACACACUUGAUGGAACUCUUGACACAGACUGAACAAUUAAAAUUCAAAUUAACUGGGACCAAAUCAUGGAGUUUAAAUUAAGUAAAAUAGUUUAAGAGUUUGAAUAGAAUUAAAGAUUUGGAGACAGGUAAAUUGAAAAAUAUGGAUUGAUGAUUGUUGACCUGUCAAGUUCUAAAUCGGUGGAAGGAACUGACUUCUCUUUGCCUAUGAAGAAUCAAUCCAAAUCAAAUCCAUAUCGGAUGAUCAUUAAAAAAAAUAGAAGGGUUGGGAUAUUGAGAAAUUGAUUAUGAAUGCGGCAUUUCAGUUGAAGAAUGUCCCUUUGAGAAAGGAAGAGCUGUCUACGUAAUUAGGAGAGGAUACAACUUUUUGGAGGAGGAAAUUAUUAAGAAAAUGAACUUAAAGACUAAACUUGAAAUUUGGGCUAAAUAUUUGACUUGGUGUUACAACAAGGCUUAGUUGUAUUCAAGUUGAUAUCAUGGUUUCAGUUUGAUAUGGUUUGGUUCCAUCUAUUGAAAAAGCCAAUACCAAAGUUGGAGCCGAGUUGUUUGUUCUUUAUUAGUACAACAGCCAUGUGGGGUCUCUUCAACUUUGACUUCCUGGUCCAUUGGAGUGAGAUUUUAGGGGUGUGGGGGUGUUUGGGCCAAACGAGUUGAAGGUAGCUAGCAAGUGUGGAAUUAUGAUCUACAGUUUAUGUCUUACAACUAGAAAGCAUCCGUGUCGAUGUAGAGUUUAGAAUUCUCUAGAUUUCAUGACAGGUAACUUCUAGGAUUGAUAUGUUUAAGAGUUAGAGAAAGAUGACUUAUGUAUUCGAUCGGUGGACGGAGCGACUAAGGUAACAUUAAAAUUGGGGCUUGUGGGUAAUUGAACACAAAAUUUGUUGCGUGGGGAAAAUUGGUACUCAACUUGGAGUGUGGGGAUGAAGAAAUGAAAAGGAAGAAGAGAAGGAUGGGACUCUAAAAUGGUUGAAAAAGGAAGUAGGCACAGGCAGAAUACGAUAAGGGGUGACCAUAAGAGUGAAAAUGAAAGGCAUGUGGCCGUUUUCUUUUCUCCCAACCCAUCAUCAUUAUCGUUAUUGUUAUCAUCAUCAUCUUUAUUCAUUUUCAACAUUUUAUUUCUUAUCUUUUAUCCUUUCAAACUACUUGAAAAAACAAUUAAAUCAAUUUAAAUGUAAUAGUUAGGCAAAUGUUGGUCAUCCAUGAAUCCUUCCACCCACACUUCCGUCCUUUUUUUAAAAAAUGGUAUUUUUGGAACCAAUGUUUAAUUUGUCACUUUUUACGACUUAGUCUAUUUCAUUAUGCAUUUGGGCUUAUUUAGGAAUUUAUGAUUUUAUUGUUGAAAUUUUAGGAACUAGUAAAGAUGGUGGGAAGAGAUAAUGUGUGUACUUACAUAUUUAAUUAUUGUUGCAAGACAGAUGGUGUGAUAUGGUGGUGAGUGACAUGUAUAUUAUAUAAUUUUAAAUAAUUUAGGGAAUCAAUCAUAAAAGAUAUGGCUGAUAUAUUUUUCAAGUAAUUUCAUUUUCUUUUGUAUUAUAUUAGGUGGGAAGAGGAGCGAAGAACCAACCGAAUCCACCGACUUAUGACCUUUUCGAUAUUCUCACUACCAGAUAACAGUUUACCAUAUCAUUUGGUUACAUUUGUCUGGAAUGCCAUUGGCAAGGGCCUGAAGGGGCGGUGGAUGGAGUUCAUUACGUGGAGGUUGAAAUCUCACUUUCAAUGUAUUUAAACGAGUAUACCUUUUGAGGGUUUCGGGUUAAUGCUUUUGAUUUUAGUUUGAAGUAUUUUAACCUAUUUAAAAGAAGAGAAUUUUAUAGUUGAUGGUACGUAUUCUGGUGAAUUAUAUUUAUAUAUCAUCCGUGGGUAUUGCUUGAGAGUGUGCAUUUGAUGUGGUGUUGAGUCCCGACUAUGUAUUUGGAUCAUAUAAAUCAACUAUGUUGCCCCUAAAAUUGGUUUUUCUUAUUGGGUGUGAGGUUGAAGUUUUUGUUAAAGUUUGUCUUAAAAUAUCAGAUCUAUAUUUGUUUAUUCAA